AUGGCCGACGGAGCAAGGGAACACCCUGAACCGACAUGGGAAACAGGGUUUAAUGCUGCCUUCGACAAGAUAUGUGCAACGUUCUGGGGCCAGAUUGCAGCCCGGGCAGAGCAAACACAGCAGCCUAUCACUUACACCACACAGCCCCAGGCGGAAUUCCUAUCAGCAAACAGCCCAACCGAAAUAACACACCCAGCCAUGCACAUGGAGAAUGUUGCAGUCUCAGCCGCAUGCCCUUCUUCUGGGCCGGGUACUCACACGGAGGUACCUCUCCAACGCCAGCCAUACACCCGGGGAUUUAUCCGAGAACUGGAAGCACCCCGGGCCCAUGACCCUCAAAAUAGGAUCCAUGGCACGACGGCACGAGUCCCAUUUACAGCCGCAGGCCGAAGGCAGUUGGCACGCAGACUCCGCAAGACCAUGAGCAGCCGGAAACGACCCACGCCCAGGCCGGUCAAAAGACCUCCUGCCGCGGAAGAAUGUGAGUGGAAUGGACAGGGCCCCCCAUCAUGGCAUGAGGACCUGGCCUCCCAAGACCACCGUGCUAUCCCGCCAGGCGGAGUGGGCUGA